AUGCGGUCACAAGCUUCAAAACCUGUACCUAAGAAAGGGGAUUUAAAAACAACUUUAAAGGCAUCAACUUCGAAACAAAAUAAAAAGAAGAUUGCUACUUCGAAAAAAGUAAAAAAAUUGGUAGGUAAGUCUUUAGCGAAAGGUCAGAAGAAGAACAGCAAAGAUGAUGUUGCAACUAAAAAUGAUGAAGAGUCUACAGUUAAUAAAAACGAAACAACUCCAGAUACAGCCAAGGUUGGUACGUCUAGAACACGAAGCGACUCGCCAGCUAAAAAAGCAAAGAAAGAUCCUAAGGAGAAAAAAGAUACGGUUAAAACUACUGCUGAAACCAAUGUAAAGAAAACUGCUGUUAAAAAACCUGUUAAGUCAGAGAACAAAGGAAAGACUACCAACGCACGUGCAUCAAAAGUUGGAAAAAAUAAUGACCCAAAGUACAAAGCAAAAACUGAAGCAGCUAAGAAAACACCAACCAAAUUUUCAAAGGUAAAAACUGUUAUCAAAAAAGGGACGACAGGAAAUCAAAAGAAAAAAAAUCCAUCAGCAAGGCAAGAGCCUCAAAAAGAGCAUAGCGAAAUUGAAAACAAAGAUAAUAAAAAUAGUUGCGAUAAGAAUAAAAGUAAUCAGGAGAAGAAACAGGAAAUAGAGCAAAUUAAAAAAGAUGAUAUGAUUAAAGAACCUAAGGAGACAAUAAGGGAUGACUCGUGUGUUGACGGGGGCAGAAAAACAGAGAUCAAAAUUAUUACUGAGAAUUCGCCUGAUAAUAAUUCUUCUAAAGCAUCUCCUCCAACCCCUACAGAUACCCCGAAAACUGAGACCGAAAGGCCUCCGAAAUUUUUUACUUCAAGUCGAUCUCCAAGGACUGUAGACAUCGAUGUAAAAUGUUUAAAAAAUUCAAAAGGAAACCUAAGUGUUUCUGAGAGGUUUUUGUCAAUGAAAUUUGAAACUAAAACUGAUGACAAUUGCAAAGACAAAAAUGCUUCAAACACGCUAGUUUCUCAAGGCCCAGACAUUGAUGUGUACACAUUUACUGAGAAAGUUGAUUCUCCAAAAAGUAUUUUAUCAGACUUUCGAAGUCCUAUAAAUAAAAAUGUCGGGCGGGUGCGCCCGAUAGCAAGAGUAAAAGGAACCGUUAUUGAUAAAAAGACCGAAUCGGAAAAGAAAAAAUAUUCGCCACAUCGACCCAUCGAAGAAGUAGUUAAGCAGUUAAAAGCUAAUAAGAGGUCUGAAGAAAUAACUACACUUGAGAACGAAAAUACUGAUGUCGCUACUUCAAGCGUAGAAGCAACCAUUAUCGCUAGUGAGACAGAACAUGACGAUAAACCAAAACCAAUAGUAAGUAAAUCUUAUAAAAUGGUUGCCAGAAAAUCAAGUGUAACUGGAAAGCCAUUUAGUCCAAUAAAAUUUUUGGAUACGGAACCAACACCGAAUAAAAACGAAAAAUCAUUUAAAUCUAAUCAACCAGUAAAAAAAUCUCCUGUUAAAUCGAAGAAACCUAUCAAAAAAAGUAGUUCAUCUGAUGAUGAACUUGACACGUCAAAAUUUUCGCUUAACACCAAAACAUUUAAUUAUUCUUCAUCGGAAGAAAGUGUUAACGAGUCUAAUGACGAUAAUGAAACCAAAGAGUCUUCAGGAUCAGACACGUCUAGAAAUAAAAAGCAAAGGAAUAAAAAGUAUAAGAGGAUAACUGACAGCGUAAAGAAAACAACUUCUAAAGAAUUAAAAGAGCUGUCGAAAGAUUCCUUAAUUGACUUAAAAGAUGACUGUGCUCUUUUGGGUGGGGAAAAAACCCAGUAA